AAUUAACAAACAAGAGUAACAUCAUUAUAUCAGAGUUUAUCAAACAUCAAAACAUGGCAAGCAACAGUUACCAGGAACUAGAUGCAGUAGUAUGUCGGACACCAACAGCUAACCGCAAUUCAAGUCUUCUUAACUCAGAUCUCGAUUCACCAUUCUCAAUACGCAGAUUGCUUGGUCUUCCUGAAGAAUCAUCACCAGAGGGCGAACCAGCUUACCAGCCACAGACCGACCAGGUGUCACCAAUGAAGUUACCAUGUGAUUUGCCACAAGAUAAUUCCUGUGCGCUACCACUGAGGAGUUACUAUGAAGCACCGCAAGUCAAUAGCAGCCAGACAACCCAACAGCGACAAGGGACCUACAACAAUCCAUCCCGAGUGCACUAUCAAGGGCUACCAAAAGUGGAUUAUCGACAACCAAGAGGUGUAAUGAAUCAACUAUCGCAUGACCCAGCAUUCUAUGAACUUUCAGCAGCACUGGCUGGUGACAUGACAACAACAAACACCCCAUCGCUGCUCUUUCACAGCAUAGCACCUCAGAUGACAGUGCCUCCCACUCUGAGAGCAUCUAUGUUGGAUUUACGCUUUGGUAUGCUGGAUAUCCAACAUUGUGUCUCGUCCAAUCAGCUUUUGUCAUUCUACCGUCAACAUACGGCAACUAUAGAGCAUGAACGUUACCAAGCACUCACCACAUCUGGUGAUGUGUACUAUCAACAGAGCGUGCAAUUACAUUAUGAUAAACAGCGACAUCUAUUGAUAGACCGUGUUGAAGAAAGUCUAAAACUUCUCGAGAACUCAUCAAGUUGUCAAACAACUUCAACUAAGAUGGCUGUCAAUGAACCACGAAACAGUGACGGUCUCUAUGGAUAUACACAGACCCUUCAAACCCAGCCAUCUGCCGCAUCAAAGCCAACUACGGGAAAGAUCCAGAAGUCUGGUCGAGUCUACCGUCGUCUCAACUUCUCAAAGGACACCACUUGUGUUCUGAUGGACUGGUACCUUAAGAACACUCACAAUCCCUAUCUCAGCUCUACUGAGUGCAGAGCUCUCGCUGUAAAAGCCAAGGUGUCCCCAGCCCAAGUGCGUAAGUGGCUGGCUAAUAAACGCAAUAGAGACUGUAAAAGUCAACGCCUUGAUAUCCCCGUGUCUCAGAGAUCACAUACCAGCCAUCCAAUCAGGCAUUUGGACACUAGUAGAGAAUCUGUUAACCUUGACUAGAGCUUAACGGUCUUUUAACAUACUGGAUUGUACAAAAAGGAUGUAUCUUAAAUUCUAACAACUGUACAUACUAACGGUAAAUACUCUGUUAUGUUGAUCAUAUUUGUUGUACAAAUAUUUUUUUGAACAAAUUAAUGUUGAUUGUAAAAUGUGUACAUACGAUACAAGUAUUGUAAAUAACCAUUUUGUGAAUAAAUGACUUUUUAAAAUGUCAACUUGAUAUUUCUUAACCAAAAGGACUUCUAUAAACAAAGCUGCAUGACAAACAACUAACAAACAUCACAAAAUGAAUUGA